AUGGCAAGGGCAAGGGCUAAGCUCAUGAUCUAUGGUUCAGCAGCAAAACAGUAUGCAAGAGUGUGGGACUAUGUGAAGGCUCUUAUGCAGUACAACCCUGGUACUGAGUGUAAUGUUGUAGUUGAUGGAUUAGAGCAGAUUGAACCCCCCAUUAUUCUUGAGAAUAUUUUGGUUGCAGUUGGUAAGGAUGGCAAUAACAACAUUUACCCUAUUGCCUGGGCUACAGCUGAAAUUGAGAAUACAGAGACUUGGGUUUGGUUUCUUGAGAGUUUGAUGAAAGCCCUGAAAGAUGAAGAAAGAGGCCUGGGAUAUACCUUUAUAUCUGAUAGGCAAAAGGGCUUGGUAGAAGCUUUGCACCAGGUUGUUCCUUAUGCAGACACAAGGUAUUGUUUUGACUUUGAAGUAGCAAUGGAGUCAAUUAGGUUCUUGUCUGAGGAAGAUUUUGAAUAUCUAUCUGACAUCCCAGCCAAACAUUGGUCCAGACAUGCCUUUAGCACAUUCCCAAAGUCAAACAUGUUGCUCAACAACAUUUGUGAGACUUUUAAUGUUGUAAUGAAAGAAGCUAGGGAUAAGCCUAUUUUGACUCAAAUGGAGUGGCUUAGGAGGUAUGCCAUGAAAAGAAACAAUGACAAAUGGGAAGCUUUUCUGAAAAUGGAAGGGAAGGUUGUUCCUUAUGUCAAGAAGGUUUUUCAAAGGAUAGAACCAGUUGCAAGGCAUUGCAUUGUGCAACUGUCUAGGGGUGACAGUUAUGAGGUUCAACUCAAUUCUGACCAAGUAACAGUUGACCUGAACAAGGCAACAUGCACUUGCUUCCAUUGGGAACUGCUUGAGAUCGCACCUAUGCCUGGUCCACGCCAUUGGGAAAGGGUUAAGCUGAGGCAACCACUACCACCAGCCAUCAAGGUACAGCUUGGGAGGCCUAAGUCUAAGAAGAGGAAGUUGGAACAGGGAGAAAUGGGUGGGCAGAACCAACAAGUGCAGCAGCCACUCAAUAGGAGGGCCACUUGUAAGAACUGUGGCCAGCUUGGCCACUAUGAUAAGACCUGCAAAAACCCUCCUCUCACACCUGUAGUAGUGUCUUCACCAAAGAAAGAAGGUGGAAGACCCCAUUUGGACACUAACUGGGUGAAAAACCAGAGAAAGAGGAGAGUAGAAAAAGCUUUGAAAAAGAGUGCAGUUGGUGGUACACCUGGUCCAAACAGUAUUGGCAGCAAGAGGUUCCCUCAGGAAGAGCAGCAGAGGAAGCAACAACAACAGCAGGACACUCAGUAG